AUGGCUUACCGUCCACAAGGGAACGGCAAGGCCGAGCGAACGGUACAAACCCUGACACGAGCCCUGAAGAUACGUCAACCAGCAAGACUGGGACGACUAUGCAAGCGGCUGACGUUUGCGCUGAAUACGGCGCACGAUCGAGUGAGGGGAGAAACGUCGUUUUUCCUAGUCCAUGGAUGGGGCCCGCAGUCGACACUUGAAGCAGUUGUUUCGGUGGGAUCGACACGCUGCCGCGAUUGCGAUGCACGGAGAUGGAAGUACCACAUACAGGGACAAUACCGCAGAGCCAGGAAAACAGUAACGAGAAUCUGCGCGAGACGAUCAAGUCUAGGGCUGACCGACACAACGAAAACGUUAGACCUCGCCGGAUUGAGGAAGGCACACAGGUAUGGCUUUACCUGGAACGCGUAA